AUUGGGUCACGUUUCUGUCCAAUGAUCGUCGUCAGGCUGACUCCCACCACAGCGCUGAGCAGUGCCCUUGCCUCCAGAUCGUGAGCCUUCAUAAUGCCGUUUCCGCGCCCUCUUGCUCCUCCUGUUCCAACAUCACCACAGCCACUUAGUUAGGUUCCUGAGCUUUCCGGCCUGUCAUGUCCACUUCAACCGCAUCUGCAGCACCCGCUGCCACAAGAUUAGUGCAAGCCGUCAUCGUCCGAUGCGACGGCGACCAACGCACGAGCGGCCUCCCGCCGUGGUCCAGCACCACGAUCCCGGCCGACCACCCCGUCUUCUGGGGCACCACCCCUCCCCUCGCCUCCCGCCUGGAAAUCCCCAUCGCGAUACACUGCGAGGGCACGCAAUCGACAGAGCGUGCCGACCUCGACAAUCAGUUCGUGACGUACCUCAACAUCGACCCCGUCACCGGCAUGGCGCCGAUCCCGUGGCAGGCCGGCACCAUCGGCACCGUCGUCAUCGCGCGCAAGGACAGGCGGCCGUUCCUGCCGCAGCAUUUCGAGGCGCUGUGGGAGUACGCGCUCGAGAUCCUAGACAAGUUCGGGGAUAGGGACGGCCCGCCGCUGAGCAUGUACAACUGGCAGGCGUUUGAGAGGUGGUGGAAGAACCGGAAGCUAGAUGCCGCGGCUGGGAGAGAGGGGCAGGGUAAGCCAGGAGGGGCUUUAGACCCGGAUGACGACUGGACGGACGUGAAGUCGCCUUAUGAAGUUUGAGGAUACCUUACUUAUUAUGUUCAUUUUACUCCGGUAUUACACCCUGGCCAUUGGUCCUGA